CCCCGAAGAGCCGCCGCCCGGCCGCUGUGCACGCUGCUGGGAGCUGCGUCCAGGGCCGUCCGGCCCCCGGGAGCACUCCCCACCAUGGCCUCGGCUGAUAGAAAUGGCAGCAGCCUCUCCUCUGUGUCCAGGAGCCGCCUGCAGAGUCGGAAGCCGCCUAAUCUUUCCAUCAAUAUCCCACCACCCGACACUCAGGCCCCCGAUGAGCAGGACAGCAUGCUACCUGAGAGACCCAAGAACCCAGCCUACCUGAAGAGUGUCAGCCUCCAAGAGCCCUGGGGACGAGGGCAGGAUGACACGGAGAAGCGCCCUGGAUUCCGCCGGCAGGCUUCCCUGUCCCAAAGCAUCCGCAAGGGCACGGCCCAGUGGUUCGGGGUCAGCGGUGACUGGGAGGGCAAGCGACAGAACUGGCAGAGGCGCAGUCUGCACCACUGUAGCGUCCGCUAUGGCCGGCUUAAGGCCUCAUGUCAGAGAGACCUGGAGCUGCCCAGCCAAGAGGUGCCGUCCUUCCAGGGCACUGAGUCUCCAAAACCCUGUAAGAUGCCCAAGAUUGUGGACCCACUGGCCCGGGGUCGGGCCUUCCGCCACCCGGAUGAAGUGGACCGGCCCCAUACCACCCACCCACCACUGACUCCAGGGGUCCUGUCCCUCACAUCCUUCACCAGCGUCCGCUCUGGCUACUCCCAUCUACCCCGACGCAAGAGGAUGUCUGUGGCUCAUAUGAGUUUUCAGGCAGCUGCUGCCCUCCUCAAGGGGCGCUCUGUUCUAGAUGCCACUGGGCAGCGGUGCCGAGUGGUCAAGCGCAGCUUUGCCUACCCUAGCUUCCUGGAGGACGAUGCGGUUGAUGGAGCAGACACCUUCGACUCCUCCUUUUUUAGUAAGGAAGAAAUGAGCUCCAUGCCUGAUGAUGUAUUUGAGUCUCCCCCCCUCUCUGCCAGCUACUUCCGAGGGGUCCCGCACUCCGCCUCCCCAGUCACCCCUGAUGGGUUGCAUAUCCCUCUGAAAGAGUACGGCCGAGCCCCAGUCCCCGUGACCCAGCGUGGCAAGCGCAUCGCCUCCAAGGUGAAGCACUUUGCCUUUGACCGGAAGAAACGACACUACGGCCUGGGUGUGGUGGGCAACUGGCUGAACCGCAGCUACCGCCGCAGCAUCAGCAGUACCGUGCAGCGGCAGCUGGAGAGCUUCGACAGCCACCGGCCCUACUUCACCUACUGGCUGACCUUUGUGCACAUCAUCAUCACCCUGUUGGUGACCUGCACCUAUGGCAUUGCACCUGUGGGCUUUGCUCAGCAUGUCACCACUCAGCUAGUGCUGAGGAACAAAGGUGUGUAUGAGAGCGUGAAAUACAUCCAGCAGGAGAACUUCUGGGUCGGCCCCAGCUCGAUUGACCUGAUCCAUCUGGGAGCCAAGUUCUCACCCUGCAUCCGAAAAGACCAACAGAUUGAGCAGCUGGUGCGGCGGGAGCGGGACCAGGAGUGCGAGUCAGGCUGCUGUGUCCAGAAUGACCACUCCGGCUGCAUCCAGACUCAGAAGAAGGACUGUUCAGAGACUUUGGCCACUUUUGUGAAGUGGCAGAAUGAUACUGGACCCCCUAUGGACAAUUCUGAUCUGGGCCAGAGGCGGACAUCAGGGGCUGUAUGCCAUCAGGACCCCAGGACCUGUGAGGAGCCAGCCUCCAGUGGUGCCCAUAUCUGGCCUGAUGACAUCACCAAGUGGCCGAUCUGUACAGAGCAAGCCCAGAGCAACUACACAGGCCUCCCACACAUAGACUGUGAAAUCAAGGGCCGUCCCUGCUGCAUUGGCACCAAGGGCAGCUGUGAGAUCACCACUCGGGAGUACUGUGAGUUCAUGCAUGGCUAUUUCCAUGAGGAGGCAACACUCUGUUCCCAGGUGCACUGCUUAGACAAGGUGUGCGGGCUGCUGCCCUUCCUCAAUCCUGAAGUUCCUGACCAGUUCUAUAGGAUCUGGCUGUCUCUCUUCCUACAUGCUGGUGUGGUGCACUGCCUUGUGUCUGUGGUCUUCCAAAUGACCAUCCUACGGGACCUGGAGAAGCUGGCUGGCUGGCACCGCAUCUCCAUCAUCUUCAUCCUCAGCGGUAUCACAGGCAACUUGGCCAGUGCCAUCUUCCUCCCCUAUCGGGCAGAGGUGGGCCCAGCCGGAUCACAGUUUGGUCUCCUCGCCUGCCUCUUUGUGGAGCUCUUCCAAAGCUGGCAGCUGCUGGAGCGGCCCUGGAAGGCCUUCUUCAACCUGUCGGCCAUCAUGCUCUUCCUCUUCAUCUGUGGCCUCCUGCCCUGGAUAGACAACAUCGCCCACAUCUUCGGCUUCCUCAGCGGGAUGCUGCUGGCCUUUGCCUUCCUGCCCUACAUCACCUUCGGCACCAGUGACAAGUACCGAAAGCGCGCGCUCAUCCUGGUGUCGCUGCUGGUCUUUGCCGGGCUCUUCGCUUCCUUGGUGAUCUGGCUCUACUUCUACCCCAUCGACUGGCCCUGGAUCGAGUACCUCACCUGCUUCCCCUUCACCAGUCGCUUCUGUGAGAAGUACGAGCUGGACCAAGUGCUGCACUGACCCCUGACCCUCCGGGACCAUGCAGAGAUUGUAUCUGCCCCGGGCCACCUGUCUGCAGAGACUAAUGGACAGAUGGGGUGCUGGCCCCAGGUGCUCUUCUGCCAGGUAAGGCUGGCUUCAUGUGAGACACGCAAUAAUGGUGGGUUUCCUAGGGGAGAUGAGGACCCCCCAGCACACACACACACACACACUUUGUCAGCCCUGCAUGCUCCUGACCCACUGGGGACACCUGAUUCUCCAAGGCUCAGGUCCCAGGCUCUGUUUCCCUCCCUACCCCAAAAGGGGUGAUCACCCUUCUUCGCAGGUGCCUUCGUCUGCAGGUGCCUUCUCCCCGCCAUCACUGUGACUAUGACCUCGUCAAACAGCUGUUCCCUCAGUUGUCCAGAGGGAGCAGCUGUCCAGGUUGAGGUCCCCACCAUGCUCCAUAAUCCCUCUUCCUUUUUCUCCUCCCAUCCCUGCCCUACAAGCCCUCCCUGAAUUCCUCCAUGGACUCAUGAGCCUGCUCCUAAGGCUCCUGGCCUGAACAUUGUAGGAGAGGCCUUGCAUGGUCUAGGGGCAGAGACAAACAAGGAGAUAUUACUGCAGGGAUGCUAACAGUCUUUGUUUUAGCAAAGAGGCCAGAUCUGCCUAACCCAUCAGCCCCGGCCAGCUCCAGCACUGGUAUUUGGUCUCAUAGGUUGGCUCUAAUGCCAGGGCAUCCCCACUGCCUCUGCCUCACGCCCACCUGUGUGGGGAUGAGGCUGAGCUACCUUGACCCGAUUCCAGGGGAUGGUUGAGGUUCACUGGGCCUGCUGUAUGGUGUGUUGUUGUUGUUUGUUAUACCAGUUUAUAUUACAGUCCUAAUUUUUGUAAGUAACGCUAACUUUGUAUGGAUGAUGUCUGAGUGUAUUAAAUGGCAUUCUUUAUCAAA